UGCUUAUACGGGCCUAAGAUCGAUGUCGGCUAUCGGAUUAUGGCUGUUGUUGGUGUAGGUGUUUGUGCUCGGAGUUAAGAGGUUUGGAGAUAAUCCAUUGUUAAACAUGCUGUCCAUACUCAGUACGACCCUUUGUAAGGCACCAGGCACGGCAGUCUGACAUGGCUGAGAUUCUCGGGUGAUUGAAACAGAUUCUAUGCGGAUUUGAAAUGGCAUUUCAGUCCCUGUCAGCAAUUCAGCAUGCUGACCAACAAGACCGAGAGCCGCUUCAGCUAAUCCAACCGCCCUUGCUUUCUGUGACCGCCACCAAUGUCUAAGCGUAAUCAUCUCAAACCCCGGAACCAACCCCAUCCAAGUCACAAUGUACGGUGAUGCUAUGCGAUCCUUUGACAAUGUCUCGUGUCUCUCUAGUCUGGAAUGUCAUAGAGUAGAAGCAACAUGCCUUCCGCUCCCCCUUUUCACUAUACGCCUACGCCUGCGCCUACCUAAAGCAAGGGUUGCUCUGUAUUAUCGCCAUCACGAUGGCGAUGAUCUUGAAUGAUACGGGUAACGGCACCGACAAGUCGAACAAGACUGAACAAGACAAUAGUCAGCAAGAAUGGGCACUGAAGUCCAAAUUCGCCGCGUUCCAGGAGCGAGACAAAGCAUCUGGCUUUCCAGGACGACAUCUCGGCAUAACAUGGAAGGAUCUCACAGUUGAGGUCUCCAGUCCUCAUGCCGCCAUCCAUGAAAAUGUCAUAUCCCAGUUGAACAUCCCAAAACUAAUCAAGGAGUCACGACAUGGAGCUACGCUAAAGACCAUUCUCGAUAACAGCCAUGGCUGCGUAAAGCCCGGAGAAAUGUUGCUUGUCCUGGGCCGGCCCGGAUCGGGCUGUACGACUCUGCUCAACAUUCUAGCCAACCAGCGAAACGGAUAUGGAAAGAUCUCUGGAGAUGUGCACUACGGCACCAUCAAGGCUGAAGACGCGAAACGUUAUGCUGGCCAGAUUGUCGUAAACGGGGAGGAGGAAAUCUUUUUCCCGUCGCUGACUGUGAAGCAAACGAUGGACUUUGCGACUCGACUAAAGAAGCCCUUCAACCUGCCUGAUGGGGUGGCAAGUCGAGAGGAGCACCGUACAGAAAUGCGAGAUUUUCUGUUAGAAUCCAUGGGCAUUGAGCAUACCGUGGACACGAAAUUGGGAGAUGCCUACAUUCGUGGAGUUUCGGGCGGUGAGAGGAAACGGGUGUCCAUUGUUGAGUGUUUGGCAUCUAGAGGAAGCAUCUUUUGUUGGGACAACGCCACUAGAGGUCUCGAUGCUAGCAAUGCUUUGGAGUAUGUUAAGGCAAUUAGGGCUAUGACGGACAUCCUUGGCCUCAGUUCUAUUUUCACGUUAUACCAGGCCGGCAAUGGUAUCUACAACCUGUUUGAUAAAGUCCUUGUCUUGGACGAAGGUAAGCAGAUAUACUAUGGUCCUAUGGUGAGUGCUCAGCCUUUCAUGGAAAGGCUUGGCUUCAUCUGUGAUCAUGGUGCCAACGUUGCCGAUUACUUGACGGGCAUUACUGUGUCUACAGAGAGAAAGAUUCAAAAGGGCCAGGAGCGUAGCUUUCCUCGAACCUCGGACGCUGUUCGAGAGGCAUAUAAGGGUUCUCUCAUCUACCAGCAAACGAGGACAGAAUGCGAUUACCCGUUGACGGAUGAUGCCAUAGCCAAUACGAACCAAUUUUGCAAAGGGGUAGCUAUGGCAAAGGACAAGAGGCUACCCGCUAGCAGCCCUAUGAUGGUCGGGUUUUCAGACCAGGUCAUUACCUGUGUACACCGUCAGUAUCAAAUUCUCUGGGGUGACAAGGCGACAUUUUUUAUCAAGCAGAUAUCGACAGUGGUCCAGGCACUCAUGGCAGGUUCGCUAUUCUACAACGCGCCAGACACAUCAGCCGGCCUGUUUAUGAAGUCUGGUGCAUGCUUCUUCGCCAUAUUUUUCAACGCGCUCAUGUCCAUGUCCGAGGUUACCGACUCCUUUACUGGAAGGCCCGUCAUACUCAAGCAUAAGUCGUUUGCGUUCUUCCACCCUGCGGCGCUUUGUAUCGCCCAAAUCGCAACCGAUAUCCCAGUCGUCCUGUUCCAGGUUUCGGUUUUUUGCUUGGUAAUAUACUUCAUGGUUGGGUUAACCAUGUCGGCUGGCGCAUUCUUCACGUUUUGGGCUGUUGUUGUGGCAACAACUAUGUGCAUGACAGCCUUUUUCAGAGGAAUUGGUGCUUCAUUUGGUACCUUUGAUGAGGCGUCUAAGGCUUCUGGUUUCAUAAUUGUCGCCUGCAUGAUGUAUUUGGGCUAUAUGAUUCCUAAACCAGCCAUGCAUCCAUGGUUUGUCUGGCUCUUUUGGAUUAAUCCAAUGGCCUAUGGAUUUGACGCAAUAUUAUCUAAUGAGUUUCACAACAAGAUUAUUCCUUGCGUGGGAAAUAAUCUGGUUCCUAGCGGCCCUGGAUUCUCCGAUUUGAGCCACCAGGCUUGCGCUGGUGUUAGUGGUGCUAUAUCAGGACAGGCAUUUGUUAAUGGUGAUAAUUAUCUUGCUUCAUUAUCCUACAGCCACGCUCACAUCUGGAGAAACUUUGGAAUUGUUUGGGCGUGGUGGGCACUGUUCGUUGCGUUAACUAUUUGGUCGACCUCGAAAUGGGCAUCUUCGACUGAGAAUGGGCCGCGCUUGGUCAUUCCCAGGGAGCGCGCUCAAACUGUGACAACUCAACGCCAGAUCGACGAAGAGGGGCAGGUCGAUGAAAAGGUGACGAUGCCAUCGGGAAGCGAUGCCGAAGCUACUCUUGGAUCAGAGGAAGGACAGCGACAAGCAAAUCUCAUUCGCAACUCAUCGAUAUUCACCUGGAGGGACCUAUCAUACACAGUUAAAACUCGAUCUGGUGACCGUAUUCUACUAGACAAUGUGCAAGGCUACGUUAAACCCGGCAACUUAACUGCCCUUAUGGGAUCCUCUGGCGCGGGAAAGUCGACUCUUCUCGACGUGCUCGCCCACCGCAAGACUGAAGGAACCAUUCGCGGCUCAAUCAUGGUUGAUGGUCAGCCGCUUCCCAUAUCCUUUCAGCGGUCAGUGGGAUACUGCGAACAGCUUGACGUUCAUGAGCCCUACGCCACUGUCCGUGAGGCGCUCGAGUUUUCAGCCCUCCUCCGGCAAAGCCGCGAGACGCCACGUGAAGAGAAACUAGCUUACGUCGAGACGAUUAUAGAUCUUCUUGAGCUACAUGAUCUUUCUAAUACGCUUAUUGGACAAGAAGGCACUGGGUUAAGCAUUGAACAACGCAAACGCGUUACUAUUGGUAUUGAGCUGGUUUCUAAGCCUGGAAUUCUCUUUCUUGACGAGCCGACCUCGGGACUAGACGGCCAGUCCGCCUUCCAUACUGUUCGCUUUCUUCGGAAGCUAGCCGCCGUGGGUCAGGCCGUGCUCGUGACGAUCCAUCAGCCGUCAGCUCAGCUAUUCGCCCAGUUCGACAAACUACUACUGCUUACCAAGGGAGGCAAGAUGGUAUACUUUGGAGAUAUCGGCGAGAUGGCCAACACCGUUAGAGAAUAUUUUGGUCAAUACGAUGCUCCAUGCCCCGUUAAUGCUAAUCCGGCUGAGCACAUUAUAGACGUCGUUUCGGGCACUCUAUCCGCCGGUAAAGACUGGAAUGCCGUUUGGCUAUCCUCACCUGAAUACAAGGCUAUGAACCUGGAGCUAGACCAAAUUAUUAAGCACGCUUCAGCCAAACCGCCCUCAGAAGACACCGCAGAUGGACGUGAGUUUGCGUUGCCACUUUGGGAGCAAACAAAGCUUGUGACGGAGCGUAUGAAUGUUUCCCUGUUUCGCAACACCGAAUACGUCAAUAACAAGGUUAUGCUACACAUCAUCUGCGCUCUCCUCAACGGCUUCUCAUUUUGGAAAGUUGGAGAGUCUGCUAGCGAGUUGCAGCUGAAGCUCUUUGCGAUUUUCAACUUCAUCUUUGUGGCACCAGGUGUACUAGCUCAGCUUCAGCCCCUUUUCAUCCACCGCCGUGAUAUCUACGAAACACGCGAGAAGAAGGCUAAGAUGUACUCCUGGGUCGCAUUCGUUACCGGACUUAUUGUGUCGGAGAUUCCAUAUUUGAUCUUCUGCGCUAUAAUAUACUUCCUGUGCUGGUACUACACUGUUGGAUUUCCGGCGACAACUUCACGGGCUGGGGCAACAUUUUUUGUCAUGCUUAUGUACGAGUUUUUGUAUACGGGAAUGGGCCAGUUCAUCGCCGCCUACGCCCCUAAUGCCGUAUUUGCGGCACUGACGAACCCGAUGUUGAUUGGCGCUUUGGUUUCCUUCUGUGGUGUCUUGGUUCCGUAUCAUCAAAUCCAGGAAUUCUGGCGCUAUUGGAUCUACUAUCUUAACCCAUUUAACUACCUCAUGGGCAGUUUAUUGGUAUUCAACCUCUGGGGAAUCAAUGUACAGUGCACCGAGGGUGAAUUCGCAGUAUUUAACCCUCCCGAUGGGCAGACCUGUGGAGAGUAUACGACCAGCUAUCUCGCUCAUGCACCUGGCCACCUCGUCAACCCGGAUGCAACGUCUGGGUGCAAAGUUUGCUCCUUUGAAAAUGCUUCCGACUAUCUCAAGACCUUGUAUCUAGAGGAAUACUCGUACGGAUGGAGGAAUGCGGGAAUUGUAGUCCUAAUGGUGUUUAGCUCCUACGGGCUGGUUUAUGCGCUAAUGAAGCUUCGAACUAAGACAUCUAAGACGGCUGAGUAGAAAUACGUAGUUCAAAAAUAAAUAUAUAGUUAUAGAUUGGGUAUUUAUGUAGAUAGACGAUAUAGAUAAGAUUCUGCUUGCG